CUAGUUUCUGGUAUCUGUGUCGCUCCAUCUGUCUUAUUGUUUUUCGCAUGUUAGUGUAUAUAUGUGUUUGUAAAUCAGUGGAUUUGUGUCAAUAUUUACCUAGAUAAGAAUGUAAAUAUUAAUGGACGAGUGAUUUUUAUAAUCUGUGAUGUAGUUUGGGCUAAUGGUGCGUUCUAACUUUCUGUAUAUGUUGACAAUCUUGUGAGCUGUGUAGGCUGGAGCAAGGCACUCUACAUCUACCAGCUAGUAAUGGCGCACCGUCUCUGAACAGUAUAUUUAAAAACAUUCCUAAGUUUCAUACAUAAUGGCUCACGCUGCUGGAGUGUUAUCUUCGGACAUCAGCCGUAGAAACCCACAAGAUGAGUAUGAGUUGAUUCAACGCAUCGGUAGUGGAACAUAUGGAGAUGUAUACAAGGCUAAGAGGCUUUCUACUAAUGAGUUAGCAGCUAUCAAGGUCAUUAAGCUUGAACCAGGAGAAGACUUUGCAAUAAUCCAGCAGGAGAUUCUCAUGAUGAAGGAUUGCAGACAUCCGAACAUCAUUGCGUACUACGGCAGCUACUUGCGCAGAGACAAACUGUGGAUCUGCAUGGAGUAUUGCGGAGGAGGCUCCUUGCAGGAUAUAUACCAUAUCACUGGACCAUUGACAGAACUGCAGAUUGCGUACAUGUGUAAGGAAACUCUCCAUGGUCUUGCGUACCUACACACCAUGGGGAAGAUGCACAGGGAUAUUAAGGGAGCCAACAUCCUGUUAACGGAGAACGGCGAUGUGAAAUUAGCCGACUUUGGUGUUUCUGCCCAAAUCACCGCGACCAUUAACAAGAGGAAAUCUUUUAUUGGAACUCCGUAUUGGAUGGCCCCGGAGGUAGCAGCAGUGGAGAGAAAAGGAGGCUACAAUCAUCUGUGUGACAUCUGGGCAGUUGGCAUCACUGCUAUUGAGCUGGCAGAACUGCAACCUCCCAUGUUUGACCUGCACCCAAUGAGGGUACUGUUCCUCAUGUCUAAAAGUGGUUUUAAACCACCUACGCUCAAAGACAGAGAUAAAUGGAGUCCUACAUUCCAUAAUUUUGUGAAAACCGCACUCACGAAAAACCCAAAGAAAAGACCUACAUCGGAAAAACUAUUACAGCACCCUUUCUUCAUAUCGGACAUGAGCAAGAGAUUAGCCAUUGAAUUGCUGCAGAAGGUCAACAACCCUUCCCACAAUUUCACAGAAUUUGAGGCUGACGAUGAUGGCGCUGUUCCAAAUGUUCCGCAGAGAAUUGCGUCCCGACUGACCAGCAAAAACAGGCGAACAUCAAUAGAAGCUGCAGAUGUGGUACAACCCGUGGAUCCGACACAGUUUACCGACAUCAACAGAGCCUGGGACAUCAUGGACAUCAAUCUUGUCAUGAACAACAUUGACCACGUCCACAAUUGUGAUAAUCAAAGUACUGACUGGACCAAAGGAGAUAUAUUUACCGAGGAUAUGACCAUCACAAACGAAAACCCUAUCUAUGAGAGCCCCUGUGCACAUUAUGGGGAGUUGCGGUGUUGGGAACAUGUAAGUGCUUCUGAUCAGUUUCAAUCCUGGGAACCAAAAAUCGAUACUGAAAUUAUGGGAAUGUCCCUCAGGAGCCUAUUGCAGUACAUUGAUGAAGAGCUUGUUUACAGGGGAUCCCAUGCACAUCCGUUGUUCCAUCUAGAAGAAUCAUACUCGCUGCAAGCCACGUUACCUGUCGGUGAGUCAGCAACAACUUCUAGUCAUCAUUGCGAUCUUCAUAGGAACCAUAACCACUAUACUAAUCUUACAGGCCCAGAUGGAUCUCCGCGGAGACACAGUUCUGUGGAUGAGAUCCUGGGGUUGGCUGCUAACCUGAGUCUGAACGGACAACGGCAACGCAGCCUGAGUGAUAGUGGAGGGACCAACGAUAAAGAGACUGCCACUACCAAUGGUAACGGAGAAGGGCCGGAACCUGACCUGUUGUCGGACACUCCCCCAGUGCCGCCACGACGUAGGGAGAGAAAGCGACACACACCGCCACGGCCCGUCAGCAACGGCCUGCCUCCCACCCCUAAGGUCCACAUGGGCGCUUGUUUCUCCAAGGUGUUCAACGGAUGUCCACUAAGGAUUCACUGUACAGCCAGCUGGAUACACCCGGACACGCGGGACCAACACAUACUGAUCGGUGCGGAGGAAGGGAUAUACAACCUGAACCUCAACGAGCUACAUGAGACAGCCAUCGACCAGCUGUACCCGCGCAGGACGAUAUGGCUGUACGUCAUCAAAGAUGUGCUCAUGUCCCUCUCAGGUCCUAGGCUUUUGAGGGGUUCCAGGAAUAAAGGCAAGACACCACAGUUGUACAGGCAUGACUUGUUGGCUCUCCACAGCAAGCAGAGUCACAGGUUCACCAUGCACAUGAACAGGAUACCUGAGAGACUGGUGCCUCGCAAGUUUGCUCUCACUACAAAGGUACCAGACACCAAGGGAUGCACCAAGUGUUGUGUGGGUAGGAACCCUUACAACGGCUACAAGUACCUGUGUGGCGCCAUGUUCAAUGGCAUCUUCCUUAUGCAGUGGUAUGACCCUCUCAACAAGUUCAUGCUACUCAAGCAUGUCGAGUGUUCACUGGCCCAGCCUCCGAGUGUGUUUGAGAUGGUGAUCACACCAGAGCUGGAAUACCCGAUGGUGUGCGUCAGUGUGAAGCAGAGCUACGACAAGCACAGACUCAAGCUGGACCUCAUCAACAUGAACUCCGGGGCCAGCUGGUUCCACAGCGAUGAGCUCGAAGAUAUGGACGGCCAAGCUACAGUCAUUCCAAGGAGAGAAAACUUGCAGAUCAUCAAUGUUACUCAAUUAGAAAAAGACGCAAUCUUAGUUUGUUAUUCAAAUGUUAUUAGGAUAGUUACCCUGCAAGGAAGACUGAAGAGUAAUCGUAAGCAAAUAUCAGAACUGCAAUUCGACUUUCCAGUAGAAUCUAUAGUUUGUCUACCAGACAGUGUUCUUGCUUUUCACAAACAUGGAGUGCAAGGCAGGAGUCUGAAGAACGGAGAAGUUGUUCAGGAGAUUGUGGACAAAAGUCGAAGCUACAGGCUUCUCGGAUCCGACAAAGUUGUUAUGUUGGAGUCACAUCCUCUUAUAAAACUAGGAGGAACGCUCACAAAUGAAGAAGGCGCAGAUCUUUACAUUUUAGCCGGCCAUGAAGCCAGCUAUUAAUAGUCCAACUCCACAAAUUUAUUUUACAUUAUUUGUUCCUUUAAUUUAUUUUACUGUAAAAUAUAUAAAUAUUCUAAGUAUUGUUGAAUUCAGGCCUUAACAAUCUGUGUUACAUAUUUUUGUACUAUGAUUUGCAAUGUAUUAUUUUAACUAUUUUCCAAUGCGGAUGUACAGUAUUUUCAAUGUAUCGGUUCCGUACGAAAUGUAAACUGAGUGUUUUUUCCUCUUUUUGUGACUACAGAUCGUCCAAAAACUAAAAGAUGUCUUUCAGUUUUUUAGUCUUUAACUGUCAAAGGGGUUAUAAAGUUUUAAGCUCUUGCUGCACUCAUGCAAAAGAAGUGUGUAUUAAACGCAAUAAGUUGUAAAAAGGUUUAUUUAUAACAUAGGCGUUUUGUAAAUCUUAAAAGUAAUACCUAUUUUAUCUCCUUGGUGUGUCUCCCCUUUUACAACGACUAACUCAAAACUAUCUUGACAUUAAAAACUCAGCCUGUGAAAAAUCUAUGUAAUAAAACUUUCAACUAUAAAUCUAACACUUUCAAAUUUAUAUUGGGAACAGUUGUUGUGUGUUUUGUAAAUAGAUCAACAUUUUUUCUUACUAUCAUUAUUGCUGUUUCCAUUAUAAAAUUUCACAUUCGUUACCAAAGAUUGUAAUCACUCACAAAAAUAUUACUAUUAUAAAAACCCUUUCCUGUAAAUUAUCAAACCACAUAGAUGUAUUUUUCUGUAUAGUCAGUUGUAAUAUAUUAUUUUUGUAAAUAUACACCAUUCCUUUAACAUUAAAAAACACCAGCUAUAUUGAAUAAUAUAGAUUUCGGUAUUAGAUAAAUAUUUAAUGGAUAAAUAAUGAAUUAAUUAGUUUUCCUUACAUAGUACAAGUGUAUCUAUGAGAUAGCUGUGUUUAGAUUGAGCUUUGUGAAUAGAAUAAUAUUAGACAUAUCUGCUCAUAAUUCAGCUCAAAUGUGGCUAUUUUCAAUCAUUGGAUUUUUAAAUGGCAAAGGAAUAAAUGUUGUGUGCCUUUAUAAAUUCAGUUGUUUCGAUCAAGAAUAGGCAUUUAGCGGAGAAGUUUUAAAUAGUUUAAGAUAUAAUCCAAAGAGUAAAAUAUGAAAGUAUUUUUAACAUAUGUGUCUAAUUAUCAAAUCUUUAUCACCUCUGGUAAGGUUGCAUGCCAAACUUGACUUUGCUAGGUUAGAAUAUUACUUGUCAAAGUCGUGAAUAAGAACUUAAGGCUGGUUUGCAUUGAUAGUUUAAAAUGUGUGUUAAAUAAAUCAAAUAAUUAUUUA